AGGGCUGUUCAUACAGAGCAGUACUUGUGUACCACUGGACUUGGCAAUGCCCAGUUCAGUGAAGCUGCUGUGGCACUGAUGUCUAUCCAUCAGCUGUUUGAGAGAAGGCUUGGCCAAGGAAGUCUUCAUCAGUGGGAUGUAAAGAAAGAGCAAGGACAUAUUGCUCUUGACUUCCACAAUCAAUAUCUCACCACACCAGAGAACACCUCUGCUGCCAACAUCAUUGACAUUCCUGAUGACAUGGACCCUUUCCACAUCCUCCGCCGUCACAUCACAGAUGAAGUUUUCACUAUGGAUGGUCUAGUCAAAUACUAUGAGAGGGUAAAACCUGACAAUGUUGCCAAGCCUCAAUUCAAGAAGUCUCAUUCAACAGCUAUCAGUGUUGGUCAAUUGGUGGAAAUCCAAACUUCAUUUGUGGCUGUUCCUAGGGGAAAGGGGAAAUACAAGAUGGUGUGUAAGUUGCGCUCCAUCUGUGACAUUAACCGAGAGCGAGUUGAGCAAGCACUGAGAAAGGGGUUGCCAACACAGAAGGUCAAACAUGUUGUUGGAUAUGAUGAUGACAAGUGA